UGCACAUGGGCCGGAAGUGCUGUUAGUGACGGCGGGCGACUCCAUUUUAGGCUUCAUUCAUCUUCGCAGGGCGGUGAGAUUACGUGCUCGCAACGGAUUAAACGGCAACAAAGAUGGUUAAGAUCUUUAUUGGCAACCUAUCCCAGACCUCGACCGCGGACGAUCUGCGCUCUCUUUUUUCGGAAUUCGGCAUAGUAAAAGAGUGCGACGUGCUGAAAAAUUAUGGCUUCGUGCACAUGGAUAGUAAGAAGGAGGCCGAAGCGGCUAUCCGAAAGCUGCACCAUUACGAGCUGAAGGGUCAAGCCAUAAAUGUGGAGCUGAGCAAAGGAAAACCAAGGGGCUCCACCAAGCUCCACGUGAGCAACAUCAGCAGUGGCUGCACCAACCAGGAGCUCCGGGCCAAGUUUGAGGAGUACGGACCCGUGGUUGAGUGUGAUAUUGUGAAGGACUAUGCAUUUGUUCACAUGGAGAGAAUGGAUGAUGCCAUGGAGGCCAUCAGUGGGCUGGAGAACACCACAUUCCAAGGCAAGCUGAUCAAAGUACAACUGUCCACGAGUCGUCUUCGUACAGCGCCCGGCAUGGGAGACCAAACUGGCUGUUACAUCUGCGGAGAACAGGGCCACUGGUCCAAAGAUUGCAGGCAUAGCCAGAACGGUAGUUAUGGAGGAGGCAUGGGGGGGUACCCCAGUAGAGGCCCUCCAAGAGGCGGCCCGAGUUACGGCAUGGGUGGCCCUGGAGGUCAUCCCAGUAGAGGUUACCCAGCAGGGCCACUUCCCCCUCCCCCACCCAUGAGUCGGCGUCCCAGCUAUGGCGAGUAUGGAGCAGAGCCUCGAGAACGGUACCUAACCAGGGUGCCGACCGGCUAUCCUGAGCGGCCUCCUGUGUAUGAACGAGAUCGCUUCGGGAGCAUUGACUAUUACGAGAAGUUUCGGGCUCAUCCGGCUGCCUCUAGCUACUAUGAGGAUAGGCCUCACUCCAUCCCCCCUCCUCCACCUCCUCCCCCUCUCUCUUCUUCCUCCCUCUCAAGGAUGCGAUUGGCUCCUCCCAGCCUUGAUCCUUAUGAGCGACGCCCUCUGGCGCCUCCACCUCCGACAGCAGCAGCAGCGAGCUUCGCGCGGGAUCGUAGUCCAAUCAGACGUGUGGGCGCCGGUGCGGAAGGCUACUCGUACGAGCGCUCGCGACUUUCUCCGGUCUCAAGGAGCUCAUCGGCUUACAGCCUGCCGCGGGCCAGGGAGGGAUACACCGAGCGAGUUCGAUACGCAUACUAAGCCACACACAUGCUAAGGUAUUGUCAAGUGAUGAGACUUCUCCACCGAUACGAUUUUGGCUUGAUCAGACGCUUUCGAAGAUUCAGGAUUGGAUGGGCACAUUCAACACAAUGCUUAUUAGCCCGCCAUGUUAAUGUAUUACCCAUGACACACAAACUGUUGUUUAAUUAAAAAAUGGAGACAUUGAUAUAUGAUUGCAAAGAAAUUUUUGGUUUUUGCUUAGCUUCUCACUUUUAUCCAGAGGGAAGGUGGGGUGUUUCAUGUUAGCAUAAUAUUUUAACUGCUAUUAAUUGCGAUUUAAAGAUGCGUAUUUAGUUUCUUUUUAAAGAGUUGUAUGUUUCUUUUGUUUUUCCCCUGUCAUGUUGUGAUCAACUAUUUACUUUUUGUGCUCCAAUUUAUUUCCUCUAUUAGCUGUUGGGUUGAUUCGCCACUUUUUUUUUUUUUUUUUUUUUUUUUUUUUUUUUUUUUUUUUUUUGAGUUUUUGUGAGGACAAUCUGGUUAUUUUUCUUUUGGCAAUAAUAAUGCCAGCAUUGUGUAUAUGCGGGGGAUGUGGCAAUCUGUAAUCCUUCAGCUGCAACAGACUUUAUGGGAAAAUAAACUCAAAUUCGACAUUCCACUUUCUUUUUAUUCUUAUUUUCUACAGAUGAUUGGUAUGUACAAACUGUUUUUACAUCUUGCUCGUUGAAAUGUGUUGUAUCUGAUGCGUUCAACUGGACAUACAACUUGUUACUUUACCAAUGUCUGAGUGUUAUUUGGGAGCUUGUUAAAUUGAAUAUUCUAAGGUUGUUUUGAUCGUUUCCCCCUUCUAUACUGACGUUCGUCUUUAAAAAGAAAAAUUAAAAUAAAAUAAAAAAAAGAUCUGAUUUCAUACAACCCAAGUAGUUGGGCAGCUUUCAGAUGGAUGCAAACUGUUCUGUGUUCUGCACACACCAAUGACUGUUUAUGACAGGAGAUGUUUAGAUUGUAAAAAGCACCACUUAGAUGGAAAGGUUGGCUUCACGUGGAAGUGAAUUGAAAAUCUGAAAUUGAUGUGCUGACCAACUCACUCAGGGCUUUGUCCACCUUCGAGACUGCUGGCGUUUCUUUUAUGGGUGCCUUGGGGAAGUUCUGUGAAAAUGUUUAUAAAUUUGGUUUUCUGUAGUUUGUAUAUUUCCUACAGAAGUCAGGAGUGUGUUUAUUGAAUUAUCUUUUGUAAUAAACCGGUAUUUUGGUGACAAUAAA